AUGACGUGGGUUGAGCCCCUACUGGCGCCCCAAAUUCAGUAUUCUCAAUUCAUAAGCAAUGGAAACAGACACUACAGAGGUGAGCUACACUGCAAAUACAUAAAUAUUUCUGCUAUUUUAAUUAAGAAAAUGUAUGUAGCCAAAACAUGCAUCACAUGUAUAGAUGACCCUUAUUUUUAUUUUGGUAUGUUCUGGUAUAUCUGAACUUCAACAAGUUAUAAAGUAAAAAGCAGGAGAACCAGCAGCCCUUAUUCAUAAAAUGACAAUGUUUAGGCCUCAUGCCAGGCCUAUGUAGAGUGAACCUGACAAAGACCUGAUAUGAGACUGAAAUGUCCUAACUUUAUGUGUUUGCUACAGUAAAUGAUAGCUGUGACUAAGGAGUGCUGGGCUGUUGUGUUUGUUGUUUUUUUAAAUUAUGGUUUUGACGGUCCAAAGGUUUCACACACCAUAAAAGGACUGUAAUAAGUGAAUGCUCACCCUUCAUUUCAUUUAUAGACAGUAUGACAUUAAAGCAACACUCCAACACCAUAACCACUACAGUCUGUUGUACGGGUUAUGAUACCAGAAAUGCCCUGGUGUCUUAACAGGGUAAGUAGUCAGGUCAUUUGCGAACUGUUUGACAACUUAACUGUGGUCUGCUGGGCACUGGUUGCCUCCUCUUUUGAAGCCAGAAACUUCUGCAAGGAACUUCCGUUCACUCUACUGAUCUAAGCCCUGCUGUUCAUUGCCGACCGUGUCUGAGUGCUUCAGCUAUACGCUCUCAGCCAAGGAGCUAAGCCCUGAACUGCUGGCUGAAGUUUGACUACUUGCCCCGGGAGAACUCCAGGGAACUCACGGCACCUCAAGCACUAUAGCAGUCUUUAGUGGUUGUGUUGCUGGGAUUGUUCCUUUAAAUAAAAUUUAGCAAGGCUUUGAAUAGACUGACAAUCAGAUGUUAGAGCCAAACAUGAGAACCCAUUUUGAUGUCACCAGACCCAGGGUGGCUUCAAAACUUCAUAAAGAUAUAAGCUGAUAAGUGUGGAUUGAGGAUCAUUCUCCAGGAAUUUAUGUAAUGUCACCUUAAUAAAUAUUCAGCUGAAUGCUCUAUGUCUGCUGUAGUCUGUCUUUCACUUCUAUGGUGAACUUUUGAUAUUUUUCAUGUGUUCAUUUCUGGAACGAGCAGAGUUUGCUAACUGAAUGCAAUGCAGAUGGAGAAAUUAGUGACAGUGAAGAUGCCAGUCAUUUAUGUAACUCGAUUCCAGACCUCCCAGAUGUAACUUACAGCAAAGAAGAUCAAGUUAAGGCGUUACAACAUGAACUAGAAAGCCUGAUAAGAGUCCAUGAGAUAAGUAAAGGUAUCAUCAUAGGAGUGUACCAUACAUUGCAUUAGGGUGUUCACAGCAUUGAUGGGGAGUAGGACCGGUCAAGGAGAUACGCAGAUGCCUACGGGUGCCACUCAACUUUGUUAAAAGGUCCUAUUCGAUAGCCGGCAUUAGAUAAGACAGAAACAUUUGCCCCUCUCAUUGUGACCCAGUAUUUGUUAAUUUGGUUAUUAUUGUUAGCAUUUAUAUAGUGUCAGAGUAGCCCGCAGAACUUUACAAUCAUGCAGUGGAUGUAAGGUUAUACCCCACUCAUGUUUUCCUUUUCUUUUCUCCUUUCCAUCACAUUUCUUUUAAACAUAUCUUUUUGUGGGUGGUGGUUUACUGACACAACUACACCUCAAAACCAAUCAUAACCUUCAUGUUAUCUCCUCCUUUUCUCUAUAGAAUGGCUUUGAAAUACUAUCCAGAUGAGUACAGUGAUUGGCGGUGGGGCAGAGUACAGUCAGCAAUUCAGCUCCCACACUCCUUAUCCAUUAGCUGUGCACACUGCCUACCUUCCAAUUAGGAAGACAUUAUGUGAAAAAGGGAGGUGUGGCCCAAGGGGUGGAGCUUUGCUGCAGAAAGCAGCACAACUUAGAGCCUGGCGUUUUUCUUUAACUUGGAUAAUGUUUUACACGUGAAUUGUGCAUUAGAGUUCAUUUGGCCAGUGGGAGCUUUGCUUUGGCAUCAGUAAAUUGAGGUUUUCAAGUGCUUUAUUUAUGUUUUAAUUCAGUAUGGUAACAUAUAUAUAUAUAUAUAUAUAAAAACUUGGAAUUCCUGCACUCCAACUAUAUAGUAAUGUAGCCUGGUGCCUAGUCACAAUGUAAUAUACAAAAAUAGAAAUAAUACCGGCACUCUAGGCCUUCCAAAGAUCGUUUGUUUAUUUUCAGUCAAUCCAGAGGGUCAACGUUUCAGCUCCCGUUUGGAGCUUUCAUCAGGACACAUCAAAAUCAUUUUACAUAAUGACAAGCUUAAAUAGGACUAAAAAUCAUAAUCACUCACCAAACCAGCUGCUAUAUAUAUAUAUAUAUAUAUAUAUAUACACACACAUACUUUAUAUUCUUAUACUUUUUUUCUCUCUUUUUAAAAAAAAAAUAUAUAUAUAAAUAUAUUUAGGAACAGUCAUCUCACUGCAGAGACAAAUUUCAUUACAAGAAUGUCAACUCAGGAGAUCAGAGUCUGAAAAAGAUACCCUGCAGAGACACCUAAAGGAGAGAAUCAUUCAGAUCAAGGCCAUGUCUUCCAAGGUAUUCACAAGUAACAAUCAGUUUUCACCAGUUGCCUAGCAUACCUCACAAGUGUCCCUAUUUAGGAGGGACAGUCCUAAACUAUUCUGUCCUUCUAAUCUAUCCUAAUAUCCCUCUUUUUUUUAGGACAUCUGUAUUGUUGGUAUGUCUGAGUGUAUAACAGAGCUUCACAGCAAUAAUACUCACAGUAAUGUGUCUUCAAACUACAAUAAAUGUGUUUUGAAAUCAGUCUGUGUAAAUAAGAUACAUUGCUCUUGUUCUUAAUUAAAUUUCAGUUGUAUACAUUUUUAUUAGUAAGUCACCUAAAAUAUCUCAGAACAGUCACGACUCUUACAGCACAAAAAUUAAAGUGUCCCUCUUUGUCCAUUUGAAAUGUUUGGAGGUACAGUCUAGUUACUCUAGUUACCUGUACCAUAAGAAGGUAUUCAGCCCUUGUGAUUUACAUAAUGCAUUAUAGAUCGUAUUACUUUUUGGUUUUCAGACAAUUGUUUAUGCCAAGUUAUUUAACUUUUAAAACCAUGUUCAACUGUUAUCAUCUAGAGUUAGACAUAUAAAUCAGAUCUACCUGUGUUAUAGAUUAACUAACUUUUCGCUAGUAGUUUAUCAAAAUAAAAAACUACAAAAAUUCCAAGACACGUUUUAAAUUAAUAGCUACCAGCAAAAAUUUGAAACUUUUUUAAUGAUUUGUUCAAAUUUAGCGGCUUAAAAUUUUGAUUUAAAACAUAAGCGAAACCCAGUUGCUUUUCCAAGAAUCGUUUGGUUCCCUUUAAAACGUUGACAUUAAAAUGUUAUCAUUUUGACCAUACAGCAUUGCUCAAAUUCCCACUUUCUAUCCUCUGUCACCAGAGCCAAUUUCAGCCUUUCAUAUCAGUACCCUUCACAGGCUUUUCUAUUAAUAGCCUCUCCGGACUUCCUUACAACAUCCAGCAUUCACUAUCAGUACCUGCCUCCCACUUGUUCGUCUGCAACAUAUCCACCAUUUUUAAUUGGGCCCAUUUCCAGCUUUCUCCAUCAGCAUUCUAGCGAGCCUUGUUAGUAAAUACCGGUAGCCUCUCUAGUUUUCUAUAAACUAUUCCCUCACCACUUCAGUAAGUACCGACUGAUACUAUCUCUGUUAGAAUAAGCUGGGUUAUGUGACAGUAGGGAAGCAUAUCACUUACUAGCCACUGUCAUGUUGUUGAUGUGGGUUCCCUUGCUAUCGUUAUUACUCUGAUAUGCAGUAAAAAAAUUCUUAAAUACCAAUUGUCCCAUCAUGAACAACUUUGAAAUAGCAUUGCGUUUAUAUGAUCACAGCAAUUUUAAAGUGCCGUUAAUAACACUGUGUAAAAAAAAAAAAAAAAAACCAUGGUUAGGACUUUUAACAGGUUUAAACAUAUGAUUUUUAUUUUUUUCUGUUUGUUUAUGUUUUUGUUUGCGAUUUGGUUCUUUUUUAUUUUGUAGCAUCAGGAUCUCUUUUUAUUUUAAUGUGGUCUUUUGUGGGUCUGAAGAAAAAAGAAGACAAGAAGAAAUAUUUUUUUGAAGGAACACAUGACAAUUUUUUACAGGUGUUAGGUCUAUUGGGCCCUCCUCAAUGUGAAGGUGAGGUGGUAGGUAGGAUUUUUUUUGUAUUGUGGGGCAUGGUCAGGGGCUUGAGGACCCAUAAACACCGUGGGGCAGAGGCAUGCUGUGGCCAGUACUUUUUUGGGUGGGCAAUGCUAUUGCUAUGCCAUGUGCUAAUGCCAAUAUUACCACACCUGAAGCUAAUACUAUGUCCAUCCCUUUCUUUAUCCAUACCCCCACUCAAAGCAUAUAGGUGGGCAGUACGGUGGUGGACACUGUAUGUCCACCUCCCCUUCUUUAUUCUUAGAUAGCCCCCACCUGGAGCCAAUAUUUUUACCCAUUACUACAUACCAGUAUGAUUAUAAAUAAUUCACCUGUGUGUGUAUCCAAAUGACCUCAGCAAAAAAGAGAUCAUGGCAACUAAGCACCUUUAGUUUAUAAUUUAAUUUGAACAGAAUUAGGGUGUUUUCUGAAAUAAGUAGAUUUGCUUUUUCCCUUUAAAGUUUUCAAGACUGCGGGAAGAGGGAAAUCAUGAAGAAAUGAUGGCUGCUAUAAGAAAGGAAAACUGUGACAUUAAAGAGGUAAGCUGAUACAAACCAGCAUUAAGUGCACUGUAAAUGACAGAGCAAUAAUUGACUUCAAAAUUAUACAUAUUUUCUGUAAAUUCUUUAUUUUUGGAGUGCAGUGGUACAUAGACAGAGCUACGUUGAAUGGUAUAUAAAUUGUGGCAAAACCCAAGAGGACUGUGCACUGGCAAUGAAAUAACUCUGUGGGUCACAUGACAGAGUAUAGAGAAUGGUCAGAUUAUAAUCUAGGGCAAGGAUAGGCACCCCAGAUGUUGUGGACUACAUCUCCCUUGAUGCUUUGCCAGCAUUAUGGCUGUAAGAGAAUUAUGAGAUGUAAGCCAAAACAUCUGGAGUGCCGAAGGUUGCCUAUCCCUGAUCUAGGGGCACAAUGCUUGGGGUGGUAGACCCAGGUAUAGCUGCAUAUGUAAGGGACCCUAGACAUGGUAAGCCACUUAGCCUAAGCCACUUGGCAAGGCCAACGCUGGCAAAAUGCCAGUUAAAACAGGGUAGGACCCCUCUCAGAAAAAACAACUGGCUGGAACCCCAUUCAGGUGUCGGUGCAUAGAGACAAGCAUGCCCUAGAACAAUCUACUGUACAGUUAGGGGGUCUGAGCGAGGCUGUGAAGUUUCCCCGAUGAUUCACACCACCUGGUUGCUUCAUCCGUCUCUUUCUUCGCAUUGAGCGUACCAGGGUUCCCUACUCACCGCAUUCCACCCCUGCAGGAGAUCAAAAGUGCUCCAUCGUGGCACUAAUUGGUGUACCUUUGUGAGCUAAUCAGGCAGCUCUGGCGUAGUGUAAGGGGGGGGGGGUGAUGCUGGAUCCAUGUGUAUGAUCAGUGCCCUGUGUAUGCUGGAAUCCUUUGCUGCCCCAAUCAAUCCCAGUAGGCAGCGCAUAUACUAAUGAAUGCUGCCAGAAAGCCAGGGCUAGGCCUCACAGGCCCCGCGUAGUCCUGCUCAGUCACCAUUUUAGUUGCUGGAGCUAAUACCCUUGUGUUUUUGACCCCCUGCUGAUUUUGAACGUUUGCCCACUGACAAAAAAAUGAUCUGUCUAUAAUUGUAAUGGUAGGCAUAUUUUAACAAUGAGAGACAGAAUAACAAAACAAAAAAAAUCCAGAAAAAUGCAUGUCAAAAUAGUUGAUUGAUUUGCAUGUCACUGAGUGGAAUAAGUAUUUGAUCCCUUCGACUUAAUACUUGGUGGCAAAACCCUUGUUGGCAAUCACAGAGGUCAGACUUUUCUUGUAGUUGGCCACAUCUCAGGAGGGAUUUCGUCCCACUCCUCUUUGCAGAUCCUCUCCAAGUCAUAAGGUUUCGAGGCUGACGUUUGGCAACUCGAACCUUCAGCUCUCUCCACAGAUUUUUUAUGGGAUUAAGGUCUGGAGACUGCCUUGGCCACUCCAGGACCUUAAUGUACUUCUUCUUGAGCCACUCAUUUGUUGCCUUGGCUGUGUGUUUUGGGUCAUGGUCAUGCUGGAAUACCUAUCCACGACCCAUUUUCAAUGCCCUGACUAAGGGAAAGAGGUUCUCACCCAAGAUUUGACGGUACAUGGGCCCGUCCAUCGUCCCUUUGAUGUGGUGCAGAUGUCCUGUCCCCAUAGCAGAAAAACACCCCCAAAGCAUAAUGUUUCCACCUCCAUGUUUGACGGUGGGGAUGAUGUUCUUGGGGUCAUAGGCAGCAUUUCUCCUCCUCCAAACAUGACGAGUUGAGUUGAUGCCAAAGAAGUCGAUUUUAGUCUCAUCUGACCACAACACUUUCACCCAGUUCUCCCAGAAAUCUUGCUGAUUGAUAGGGGAUCAAACAUUUAUUUCACUCAUUGAUAUGCAAAUCAUUUUUUUUGUUAUUCUGUCUCUCACUUUUAAAAUACACCUACCAUUAGAAUUAUAGACUGGUCAUUUCUUUGUCAGUGGAUAAACAUUCAAAAUCAGAAGGGGAUCAAAUACAUUUUUCCCUCUCUGUAGCAGGGUGUGCUCAGGUUUGUGCCAGAUAAAAGGUAAAAGAGUAAUGGAUUAUCCCUCACGGGCAGGAGAGGGUGAGGGGAAAACAGGGUAGUCCACUGUGUCUUCCACUGGUAAAUCAUGGGGUGAGGGAUCGGCCACCUCCCACAUUCUUGUGUCACUAGACCGCAGGACAGCCCUGGGAGGUCAUCCAGUAAAUGAAGAGAGCAGAGUAGGAGCCCCAGGUAUGCAGUAGGUCAGCAGUACCAAAUUAGCUCUCGAGGUUUCAGCCAAAAAGAACUCUGUUAUAAGAAAUGUCCUGGAGCUCAUGUGGUGUGUGACUGCUCACCAUGCUGGUCAAUCCCUCCAAAAUUAUAUUUUUAAAGUUCAGUUAAAAAUGAUGCAAUCAAAAUUAAGGCCAUAAUUUUGUCUCAUGGAAAGUAUUUUUGUACUUCAGGACACAAGAAAUGUUGAAAUUUUUGCUCUGAGUGUGUUCAACCCCAAUUUCCAUCUAUCUCAUUUACUGCGCUAACAUUUAUUCUUUACCAAUUUUUGAAUGACAAGGGAGAAGCAGUUACAUCUGUGGCCAGCAUGCAAGGCACGCUGACGACAGACAUAAUUAAUGCACAGAAUUGGCAUUAGUGCAAUUUGCCCUCUCCCCCCGCACACAACUAAGAAUUACUCUUGAUGUGCAGUGUUUCAAGCCAGAGUCCUACCAUGGUGACCACUUCAAAACGCAGAAGUGGUCAUGGUGGUUGGAGAAACCCUUUAAACCCCUGGUUGCAGCGCUCACCUAUUCUGGCCCCAGCUGAUAGAGAGGACCGCCAGGUAUCAAAAGAUAACUGGGUUGUUGCCAUCAGGGAUUUAACCCUUCUGUUAGUUUUAUUACAUUACAGUCUACGCUGUCACUGGACAUUAAAGCCCUGUAUUGCAUAAUGGCAUAAAAAAGGUUUCCAAAAAUAUUAAAUCUUUUGAAAAGCUUAUCCCACUUUAUUAUAAAGGAUUAUAACGUGUCAUCAUAGCACAGGAAAAAUGUAAAAAUAAAAUGUCAGAUUGUUAAAUUUAGAAACACUUUAUUGUUCAGCAUAUGUGUUCAUUAACUUUAAAAGGAGACCUGUUACCUCAACACUAUCUUUUAAUAUAAUGAACCUUUCAUCAGGUUUUGAAAGGAAAUAGAUCUUUGAUACAUUAAAGGGAUACUAUAGCGCCAGGAAUACAAAGCUAUAUUCCUGGCACUAUCGCUCCCCAUGUCUCCCCGCUCCCUCCACGCCCCCCCUACCAUGUGAACAAAGGGUUAAAAACCUUAUCCCAGCGCUUAUGUCCCUUGGUCGACGCUUUGCCCCCUCCAAAGUCCCGCAACUAGCAGACCCUAAUGCGCAUGCACGCGCCUGCAUAUUAGACCUUCCCAUAGGAAAGCAUUCAAUCAUUUGAAUCCUAUGGGGAAAAAUAUGACGCUGGAGGUCCUCAUGCAGAGCGUGUAUAAACAUACACCAUGGGUCAAACAGUGAUUGAAUUUGACCAGUAUUCAUUUUAAUAAUGUCAUUGCACUGUGCAAGAGGUGAAGCUGGAAAGACCAUAGAAACUAUAUAAAGGUUUUUCCACACUGUCUAACCAAAGGUGUACGUAUAUGGCUGAAGGAUCCUGUCAUAUAUUAAAGGUAGGCAUAUGUUUUUCAAUUAUUUUUAUUUAUAUAUACUUCAUUUAACACAGAAUCCUUUCUAAACUUGGUGAAAAGAUCAUUAUAUUAAAAGAUAGUGACAAUUGUCUUUUAACUUUGUUAUUCUACAAUCUUUUGGCCAUUGCUUUGCAUACCUCUGUAAAAAAAUAAAUGUCUAUAUUACGAAACACAACACAAAUUCUGAUUGCAUUGCUCAAUUUUUUUUUUUUUUAACAUAUUGCUUGUUAGUGAAGUGCCUGAUUUCUUUUGUUGAAUGUGAAGAUUUAAUUUGCUAUUCUGUUUUCCAUAAUCCCUUUCUGUCUUUAGCUUGUUUUAGAACUGAAAUCGGAGCUGAUAAAACAAAAUGAUAAAAUUGAUGAGUUCAAGACCCAAGUUCUGGGUCUACAGAAGGAGACUAUAGAAUGUCAAACUGAAAUUAAUAAACUUAAGGAGGAAAAGCACAAUAUUCAGAGCAAGGCUGAAGAUUUAGAGUAUUCUGAGCUACAUGUGAAAAUGGAUCUGGAAAGUCUGAAGACCCGGGUAGAUGCAUAGAUGGGAUAAACCAUCAAUUAAAACUAUUAUACAAAAAUGUCUAACACAUGCUAAUAGGCCUGUUACACUCUAUAAGUCCCUAUAAUAAUAAAUGUGAAAAUGUCAUUGGAAAGUCUAAUGAUUCGGGUAAAUGCAUAGAUGGGAUAACCCAUCAAUUAAAACUAUAAUUGAUAAAGAAAAAAAAUAACAAAACUUUAAUGGGAAAUAAAGUAGAUAUAAAAAAAUUAAAGAAACUUAAAAGACGCCUAUAUUACAUCAUUAAAAUCCUUCAGCAUCUAGCCCAUUUUAAUAGUGUAAUAUUUGUGUAUUUUUAUUCUAUUUUUAUAUUCCUACUUUAUUUCCACUUGCCAUGCAUGCGCAUUUUAUCCCCAAUGCUCCCCUAUGAAAAGCAUUGGAUUGGAUAGGAGAAGAGAUAGUGUGCCAUCAUAGGUGACAAAUCAAACGGCUACAGGAAAGGGAUCAGCUGGAAUAAAGGUGAGUAAAUACCUUUCCAUUUUUUUUUUCCUUUACAUUUAAGGGGGCCCUGAAUCUAAUUGGUGAAGAGAACACUACAGUGUUAUUCCUAAUGCUGUGGAGUUUCUUUAAAUAUAUUGCUGAUUUAAAGAACGCAGGUAAUAGAUACAUUAUGGUUGAAUAUUUUUUCAUGUAAUAUCAUAAAAUGCCAGUAGAGGCUGCCCUAACUGUUCCAAAAGCUCCAUAGCAUACUUUCUGCUAUACUUUCUGCUAGCCAAAAAGAUGGAUGGAUGAUCACUUUUUUUUUAAAUGUUUUAUAAGAUUUGAAUGUUUUAGAAUAAUAUAGUAAUCAGAAGGUAGAACAGAACAGACUGGGAACAAACAUCAUAUAACGGUUAAUGUUGGUCAUUUUUAAAUGCUGAGAGAGGGGUGCAGGUGAGAAGAGAGCAGAAUGACGCACACACACACAUACACACACAGACACACAGACAUGGCUGUCAGCUGCUGCCAUAAAGUAUACAGGGCGAUAAUGUGAUUGGUCACUUUCAGCCUGCUGCAGCAAGCACGUUACGAUGAACAGUAUUUGAUCAGUUGACAGCAGAAUGUGACCCACCAUGGCUACUCAGCAUAAAACAAAAAAACUAAGAAAAAGGUUACUUGCGCCCUAUCCCGAAUCUCUAUGCACACCUAAAUAACUUUUUAUAGAAAUAAAUAAUGGGAUGUAAUAAACCCUCAGGGAGAGUAAAAUAAUAAUAACCUUCUUUUACUUUCUUGUGUCUAGUUUGAGAAAUUCCGUAGUAAAAUAAUUCAGAUUACAUUCAGCGCUCCGGGAGCAACUAUUCCAAAAGUUGAACUCACAGACGAUGACAUUCUAGAAGCCAUGCAG